AUGGAAAGCCCAAUGGAUGGGUCCGGAGGGUCGUCGUGCUCAGCGCCGGACUCGACACCGACAGCCAUGGCGACGACACCUAAUGCGGCCAUGACGGCCGCAGUGAGUGGUUCCGCCAUAGCCUCGACAUCAGUAGGGAAUGUCGUUGGCGGUUUGGGUGCGACAUCUGUCGUCUCGCGACGCUCGCAUCCCAAAUCAAGGACUGGGUGUAGGACAUGUAAGAACCGGAAAAUCAAGUGUGAUGAACACAAGCCAUCCUGCCGGAACUGCAUCAAGCACGCCGUUCCGUGUGACUUUCUCCAAUCUCAACGCCAUUCAUCAUCGUCAUCUGUUCCCCGUUCACCGGGCGGUACUCAGACGUCGGGUCCCAGUAACGGCACACACGGCGCCAUCACGGGUUUCGGAGGUGGCGGCGGGAUUGACGACCUUUCACUUAAUCUUAUCGACCUGGAAUUGAUGCAUAACUUUACUACGUUUGCCUACAACACGCUCUCGACAGACCCCUUGGUGCGGCAGAUGUGGAAAGUGCCUGUUGUCAGACUCGCUCUUGAGUGUGACUAUGUAAUGCGCGCUUUGCUGGCCGUCUCGGCACUUCAUCUCGCCCAUCAUCGGCCGGAGAGGCGCGAUUUUUUCAUCAGUAGGGCACUGACAUACCAUCAGAUGGCAAGUCGAACAGCCAUGGGCCUGAUGGGUGCUCUGGAUAGCGAGAACUGCGAGAAGCUUUACCUUUUCUCAGUGCUCACCAUUUUCUUUGCUCUUGCAUGUCCCCGCAGAUCCUCCGAUUCCCUAAUUAUGGGCGAGUCCUCUUUUCCGGAUUGGAUGUUCCUCCUUCGCGGCACCCGAGGCCUGAUUAAGAUUCUGGACCCCCGGUCUUACACCGGCCCCUUGCUCCCCAUGUUUACUCACGGCCGUGAGCGGUUCAUACACACUCGCGACGAAUCCAAGGUCCAGUCGGACUUGUUGGCUGACCUUCAACGGCUCGUCAACAAGACAUGCGCGAACCCGGAGCUGUUGCCGAUCUACAACCGCGCCAUCGAUGAGCUGCGGCGGACGUUGAGCGUGUUUCUCUGGGACGGUGGGCGCGGUAUGGACAUCACCGACGCGUUCGUGUGGAAGUACCUCAUGGCCGAAGAGUUUUUACCCUUGUUGAAGUCACCAGGGGCGACGCAAGAGGCCGUGGCCAUCUUUUCGCACUUUUGCAUCCUUCUCAAGAGGCUCGAGAAUGAGUGGUGGCUUCAAGGGUGGGCGACGCAUCUAAUUUCGAGGGCGUGGACCUUGUUGGAUCAGGAUCAUCGGCUCUGGAUCCAGUGGCCUAUUGAGGAGCUCGGAUGGGUGCCCCCGUGA